AUGUGUGAACCUGAUUCAAAGGCUCCAUUCGCUCGGCCGAGGAUUGAAUGCACUUUGGACAAGGGUCGAGAUAGUGUCCUUCUGCCUCACCUACGCGCUGCGUAUGCAGGAGACCCCAAGGGUUCACCCAGGUUCGUAAAAAUUCGGGUGUCCCCGGCCCGAUUGCCUCCAUGCAUAUUGCGUAAAUACGAAGAAAUCGAAACAUCUACCCUCAAAGACAAAGUCUUAAGUUCGAGAUCAGAGAUGAUAGAUUUUAUAAACAAGAGAAGUAAAGUGACCACUGAAAGUGGGAAUGAAAGAGGGCUUGAAAAAGUUCAUGGUGAACGACCUAUCAACGAAUGGCAUGCUAGCAAUAACCUGAUGCUACUGACCAGGGAUGAUUUGAAAUGGAUUAUCAUCGGAAGAACUUUGCUCGACGGCUCGGACGAUCAAAGUCAAUCAUUCCUCAUAGCAAGACACUCAAAUAAGAAGCCCCAUGAAUUAGCUGCGAAAAUGAUUCUGCCCAGGCAUCCUAAGUUGGUUCACCCUGAUGGCGAAGAUCCUGUGUGUGGAAUGACAAAAAUGGCUGUUCUGAUGCCCCAAUUCCGUGGACCAAAGGGAGAAUGGAUUGCCGCAGGCCCAGUCAGCCCUCUUUAG